AUGACAAGAAAUGGUUCAACUGAUGUGCAUGAGCACUCGUUGCUGCUCCACCCUCGCACAUAUAUCGAAGAUUACCACCACUCUGAGUCGCCUUAUCGGGAUGACCCCCGGUUCUGGGUUAGAUGGCCUGCGCUCGUUGCGCAUCUAACAUGGCUGACUCUUGCGAGUAACUAUGUCAAUGUCCUGCUAGUCUUUGUGCCAUUGGGCAUCGUCGCUGGUGUCCUGGAAUGGAGUGCUGCAACAGUCUUCGUCUUGAACUUCCUUGCCAUCAUGCCAUUGGCUUCAUUGUUGAGCUUUGCAACCGAGGAACUCGCUGCUACUAUGGGACAGACCUUGGGCGGGUUGAUGAAUGCGACUUUUGGAAAUGCAGUGGAAUUAAUUGUGAGCAUCAUCGCGUUGAAAGACAAUCAAAUCCGUGUGGUCCAGGCCAGUAUGCUUGGAAGCAUUCUGUCGAAUAUCUUGCUCGUUCUCGGCUGCUGUUUCUUGGUUGGAGGCCUUCGCUUCCCUGAACAGGAAUUCAACUCUACCGUCGCCUCCACCAUGUCUUCCUUGAUGGCCGUUGCGUCGGCCUCCCUAAUUAUUCCCGCGUCGCUUUUCGCAGCCAUGUCCGAUUCGUACCAGACUGCACCUGAGGACUCAAGGAGAAGCAUUCUUUUACUCUCCCGUGGCACUGCUAUCAUUCUCUUACUUCUUUAUGUUAUGUACUUGGUCUUCCAGCUGAAAACUCACGCAAGUCUCUUCGAGGAAACGUCUGCCAGCGACACCGAAGGCCAGCAGACUAGACCUGAAGAUGAACACGAAGAGCAUAUUUUAAACCCAUUGGCGGCCGGUAUUGCUUUGAUUAUUGUCACAGUUUUGGUUUCCAUCUGUGCUGAGUAUCUUGUUGGCAGUAUUGAGGGUAUUGUUGAAAAGACCGGCAUGAGCAAGACGUUUAUCGGUUUGGUUCUUAUUCCCAUCGUGGGUAAUGCGGCUGAGCAUGUUACUGCCGUCGUUGUGUCCUACAAGAACAAGAUGGACCUGGCGAUUGGUGUCGCAAUUGGAAGCAGUCUGCAGAUUGCCCUUUUCGUUACUCCCUUCCUGGUCAUUCUUGGCUGGAUUAUGAACGUGGAAAUGACUUUGCAUUUCCAUAUCUUCGAAACAGUUUCUUUCUUUAUCUCUGCUUUGGUGGUUAUCUUCCUUAUCCAGGAUGGAAAGUCGAACUAUCUAGAGGGUGGAUUGUGUCUCGGAAUGUAUGCCAUUUUGGCGAUUGCUUUCUAUGUCUACCCAGACGAUACCGCUUCAUAA